AGCCUGGAAAGCAGAGACAACCCGUUUCUGCCCGGAGGCGACUUAUCCCGCGAGGCCGAGGACCUGCUGUCCCGCGCCACCAUCAUCCGCGACAACUUCUACCUCAACGAGGAGGAGAAGCGAACACUACAGCUGCAACAGCAGCAAGAACAGCUGCUGCAGCAGCAACAGCAACAGCAGCAGCAACACCAGCAGAGCGAGCAGCCACAGAAACAAGCCAGGGGAGGCAAGCACGUCCAGAUCGUGGACCACCUGGACGGCGCUGACCAUGGCAACAACCACAACAACUCUACUUCCGAGCAUGCGCAGACGAACAACAACUCCUUGUUGCCCGGCGACGUGGAGGAAAGAAUCUCGCCUCAGACGGCAGGAGCCACCGCCGCCUCCCCCUCCCCACACGCUGACGGAGACACGCCCAGGGAGAACGGCAAGGUCGGUGACCCCUCGGCGCCGGUGUCCGCGGACGGUGUCAAAGUUUCUAUUCCAGCAGACGGGGAGGGGCAGUCCAAGCCUGGAGGAGGGGGCGCGCCGGACUCCCAGGGGAACAACGGGCCGGCCACCGGAGACUUGCAAGUUCAGGACGCCGAGAAAAAACGACGGAACAAAUGCUGCACGAUCAUGUAGGGCUGGGGCUGGGGCUGGGCUGCCCAUCGGCUCUUCGUGUGUCGCUCUUGGCCUGUCGUACACGGGAACUGAGCUCGUGACGCGCCUGCCCUAAGGGGUGAGCAUCGCCCACCGCUCACAAGUCGGCAUUGGAUAACUGGUUUGAGAGGAUCUUAAUGGUUCCACGAGUUUUGGAUGAACUGGUUUGACGAGAUCUUUUAUGGUUCCACUAGCUUUGGAUAACUGGUUUGAGGGGAUCGUAAUGGUUCCACUAGCAUUGGAUAACUGGUUUGAGGGGAUCUUUAUCGUCCUACUAGCUUUGAAUAGCUGAUCGGUAUUGGAUAACCGGUUUGAGAGGAUUUUUGUGGUUCCACUAGCUUUGGAUAACUGGUUUGAGAUGUGGAUCCAAAUGAUUUCUCUGCGUUGCUGGUUUUUGGGGAAAGCAAUGAAUAUUAAUGUGAUGCACCUGGGGGUUUUGUUCCGGAAUCGCCCUUGGAUAAUGAUAUAAUGUGUGUGUGGAUACUUGGUGCUUCUGUAAUGAAUUCUUCCCCUCGAUGUUGUAGCAGAAUGUUCUCGUCCAUCGUGACGAAGAAUUCUGUCUUGUUGGAUGUAUGAAUGUGACCCGUGUACGUAAUGAGAUAGGACAGAAUUCCCAGUCGGAAUAAGUAGAAUUUUCCGAAUAAUGUAAGCAGGAGUAGCCGUGGAAUAAUGCUGGAUUGUGUUCGUCACCAAUAGUUUGUGACAUCUGCCGUGUAGUGACCUCAAUGUCUCUCCUUGACUGUCUCACUUACGGUGCAUUUACUCCACAAAACGAUUUGGGGACGGACUGUUUUCACCAUAUGGAUACAGGGAGAUUAUAAGGAAAUAAACGACUCGGUCUUCGUUCUGUGUGGAGUGAGGGUGUGGUCUGUGCCAGCAAUCCCAGCGGAGAGUCAGGUCGAAAUGCUGCAACAACAGAGCGUUUGUGAAGGGAAGAGAGCACACAUGCUACGAUGUUAAACCGGCAUACCAUGUAGGUGACACAAACCAUCGUGAAAACAACAAUACUGCUACAGAACGUAGAAUGGCUGGACUGUCACUUGGCUCUUGGCAAUAUUCCCACGUUGAGCCUAAUGUCCCAAUAAACAUAUUGGAAGGGAUACAGAGAGGCUCUGUAAGAUAUACUGCCGAUGAGUAACCCACUUAUCCCUGACUUCUAAGAGCGUCACUUCUUUGUGAAUUGGAGUUUUGGAUGUGUCUGUUACUCACAGACUCAAGUCACCACGUUUCUUAGCCUGUUGAGAGCAAUGGCGAUGUACUGGAGACAGAUCGUUUGUUGAGUGUCAACAUGUGCAGACCGACCUAUAUCUCUCUCCAUGUUCACUGCCAUGAAAGUGACCUUUAAAGAUUACAAAAAGCAUACAAAGAAUCCAACUAUGUCCAAUGUCAUUUGUGAGCGGUGGAGCCAAACAAGAUGUGUUCGAAGAGGAAUAAAUAACUCGACCGAAAUUCUCCGGUCUUUCAAAGGGUUUGCGUUUGACUAUGCUUUCAUCCAGUGUUCCUCUCGUUUGUUUCCAUUUGAUCAUCUCGCUGUACAGAUUUUCCAAUAAUUACAUUUCAGCAUGAUCAUCCUCGGCUUCUCAUUUCCAGAUCUUUUACUUACGACAUGCCUUGUCCCUGGCCUUUCCCAUAGAGUCGGACGUGUGACGUGUAGUCAAAUCGGACGCAGGACGUACUGUCACGUCGGAGCAUGAUGUAUUGUCAAAUCCGGCGUUGAGGUAUCGUCAGAUCUGACGUCUGACGUACCGUCAAAUCGGACGUAUUAUCCAGUGUGGUGUAUAGUCCAGACGUUUACCCAGACUGUUUGCAAGCCAUUUCACCGUGAUCAAUGAAUCAGUCGAUGUUCAUGAUUCCAAGAAUAAUAUAGUCGUCGACUACGGUCCUAUUAUUUCUCGUGUACUGCUGUUUCGUUCUGUUACUCUGCAUAGCACGACGUUCUGACACGUUCAGGAGCAACCCCCCCGCCCCUAAAAAUAAAAAAAAUUGCCUCUCUCAGAUGGAAGACAGUUGUCGUUACCACCAGCAGUACCUAUGUUGAUUUACGACUGUUUCAAAUCCUCUAAAUUUUCUCCAUAACUCACAUUUUUUAAAGUCUCAGAAGUCAUCGCACCAUGCUGAAAGUUCAUGACCUCAUUAGACAACGUCACUUCCGCUAGUGCAGCUUACAUACAUCGUUUGUUUCUCUCGUACAAUUCGCCUUUCAGCGUCAUUUCAGAGUCACGUGUUUCUUUCCACGACACAGCUGCAGACGAGAAUAUAUUUAUUUCACUUGAAAAGUGAAGUUGGAGCAAAGAGUGACCAGGAUUUUCUUUCUACCCUCGGAUUAAGAUUCAGAGUCUUUGGAAGACAGUCGGCAACAACCCUAGCAGGCAGAAUUAUUUACUCAUAAGUUUUGUAAUGGAUACGAAGAAUGCAAGUGAUUCUAGGCCAUGGCGUCCUCUGGGAUUUGGUCAACACCUUUCGAGCAUUGGAAAGACUUUAGAAGUCGGAACAGAACAACUUUGACCGGGCCUGCUGGUUGUAUGUAACUGGUGUUACUGUUGCAGUAGAACAAGCUAUGACAUCAUAUCGUCUGUCCAUCCCAGAGCGAACUUUACAAGUCAUCCAUCAUUUCAAAAUGUCAUCAUCAAUUCAUCAAGUAUUAUCGGUGUUUCAAAAGCUGCUAUGCUUUCCUUUGGGCCUUAAUUGAAUCAGUGUUUCGAUAUAUGUUUUGUGUGAUGUGUUCAAAUAUAUGUCAGCAAUCGUCUUGUUUGCGUCAUAAUGUAGAUUUUUGGGCUUUGUUCCUCUCAGUCAUGAUCUUAUCAAAUGCAAGACAACUGGAGUUAUAAUCACCCAUUUCAAUUCUCAAAGCUCUAUGUCUUAUUUGUUGAUAGUGAUUUGUUUAGAGACAAACCGUUUUAACUAUCUCGAGGGUUGUUGUUAUUUUUUUCCUAAGCGCAUCUUGAGAUCAUGUGAGGAGAAAGAGAAACAAUAUGUUCAAAAUUACGUCAGAAGUGUAAGUUGGUAAACUCUUAAACUUAAACCGGCGUUUUCAUGAGACAGAUUGAUGAAAGGACUAAGUAUCGCAUAGCUUUGAUACCGGGGAAAGCCAUAAGCUGAGAUAUAAAUUGUAGACGUUCAAGCGCUGUGCUGUUUGCGUUGUUGGGGAUUUUUUCCUUUUGUCGCCGGAGAAGAUGCCCUUUAAUAGAUCAGCACCACGUGACUGAUACAUUUGAAGUCCAGUCCCUGAGGUCUAAAGUUCUAGACUGACCUCGGACACGAAAUGAAAAAAAAAAUGUAUUCUUAACUCUCCAGUGCCCACAACAAGAGAUAUCGGUAUAAACAUUAUUACCAUCUGCGGCACUGGUGUAAAGCAAUAUAAAUUAGUCUAAACUCUCAAGUCGAUUUAAUAAGGUGACAAUAUUUGCCCCCCCUCCCCCCAAAAAAAUAAAAUAAAAUAAAAUAAGUCCAGACAGUAAUAAAAACGUAUACAAAUCUGUAAGAGAUGUUUCAAAUACUUCACCCAAGGGGCGUUAGACGGGUUAAACAGAAGGGGAGGCGUUGGAAACUUUCCCUCAUGAGCUAUGAACACUACAGUAGAAACAAGGAAAAGUAACAAGUACUUAUGAAUAAGUACCGACUGAUGAAAGAGCCUUUUUUUUCAAUUCCAAAAUAUCACCUAAAUAUUUGUUAGAUUGGAUCUAGGUUCGUUAAGAAAUCUCACAAGCAGAAUGUUAUGUACCUUCGAGAAGGCCUUUAAACGUCAGUUUUAACAGAAACUUGCUGUGAAACGGGCAGCAUUAUAAGAAGACAGUUCUAUAAUUCUUCUUCUUCUCAUUCCCGUCUUUUUCUUAUCACACUCUCGCUUUCAUGUGUGGUUUGUUUUUUUUUUCGCCUCCCCUGUCGUCCUUUGUGGUAGAGAAAAGACGGAAGAAGAAGAAGAAGAAGAAGAAGAAGAAGAAGAAGAAGAAGAAGAAGAAGAGGAGGAGGAGGAGGAGGAAAUGCAUUGUUCCUAUUUUCGACCUUUAAGGGAUUUCGGUUUCGUAAUUCGAUUCAAUACAUUUUUUAUAUUUUGCUGUGUAUUUCGAUAUUUUCGGAAUUUUCGAGAAUUAGUAUCCACCAUCACUAACUUCCCCUAUAGACAUACUUUUGUUUCGAUACCCGCGGGAAUCUAGUAGGGAUAAAAGCUUAACAGUUUCGAUGUGCAUGAGAUUUUGAUUUUCUUUUAGUUUCGAUGACACAUCAAAUGAGUUGUAAGUCCUGAAGGGCGAAGAUCAAAGGCACGUUAUUUGAUGAGAAGUUAGAAAUAUAAGAGGUUGCAAUACCAGCUUCAACGACAUAAAGCAAGAGGAAAUAGAGACUAUAAGAUAGUGUUUCGUUUUCCUUUUAACCACUGGUAGCUUUUGCCGCUUCAAAUGUAGGAUUUUGUUAGGGUGUUUUGUUACGGUUCUAUGUCUGGGUUGUGUGCUUCCUGUUCUCCUUGUUUGAUGAUGAUGAUGAUGAUGAUGAUGAUGAUGAUGAUGAUGAUGAUGAUGAUGAUGAUGAUGAUGAUGAUGAUGAUGAUGAUGAUGAAUGAUGAUGACGACGACGACUACGAUGAUGAUGACGAUAAAUUAAAGUCGUAGGAUAGGCAAUCUCUUCCUGCUGCAGUGAGAUUUUACGUUUUCUUUUUGCAGCGCAUUUAAUUGUGACAACACUACGGAAAAUGACAAAGGUUUGUACUUAGAUCUACUGCUCUCAUCCCCCCCCAGACUUUGAGAAUUGUGAGAGUUCUUGCAAGAAGCGUCGAUUGUUUGACGAUGAUCGUAAUAUACAGGGUGUCUCUCGCUAGACGCACCAUGGGGAAAAUACACUAAGCCUACACAAUGGCUCCAAAGUGCGCAGAUAUUGAACUGCUCCACAAAUAGUAAUGUGUAUUUUCCCCAUUGUGCGUCUAGCGAGAGACACCCUGUACUCCCAUGCUUUCUUCAUGACUCGUGCAUUGUCAUUCAAGUUAGUUCCUUUCUUUUUACUGCUUUAAAAUUUUGCUAAGGGGACAGUUCGGUAAGGUUUUCGCUGAGGAGGGGGGGGGGAUCUGGUUGUUGUUUCUUGAGUUUUUAGGCCCUUUUUAAGACUGGAAGUAAGGGAGUUAAGCUUUUCAGAUUUUAUUUGUCUCGGGUUUUUUGUGUUUACUAUUUUUGUUUUAAAAAUCGUGAAUGCUUUAUCGGCUGUGACAGAUGUGAAUGAUAAGAAGAUGGGUGUCUCUCGUGAAUACACUCUUGUAAACAGAUCAUAUUAUUUUACUUUUCAGAUUGGUCCUUUACUUCAGUCACGUGAUCAUAAUUAUAUCACGUGCCCGCUGUAACAUACUGACAUGAUACGUUUUUCAAUUGUCAUGACAUGAAUCGUUUAUUAUCUCAUUUUUGUUUGUUUUGUUUUGUUUUAUUUAUUUUUUCUUACCACUAUUUUGUUUCGUUGUGUUGCAUCCUUUGUGUGUGUUUUGAUGCUGUAAUCCUUUCACGUGGUGUAUACACACACUACACACCACCCUUAUGAGAUCAGGCUGUCCUUUUCCGUGUCGUGUGUCGUUGUAGUGUGUAUAAUAUGUGUAGAACGUGUGGCAUGGUCUUUCAGAGAUCAUGGGGGUACCGGUAACGAAGAUGUACUUUCUUUGCAUUUUAGGAAGCGGGUACGUCUUCAAAUCAAUUGAAGUUGUACAUUUUAUUAUUACUGUUAUUAUCGUUUUUGAAAAAGGCAGACCUUUUACUUGCUCCCUGAGAACAAUCAAUCACACCAAUCGCUAAUAACUUUUUGAAAUUAGAAGUGCCCUUUGAAUACUUAAUUGGAAUUUGAAGAUUUGCUUAUUACCAUAUACACAAUAAUUGUAGACAGAAAAUGUAAACAGUUCUUAAGUGAUGUUAGUACUGUCUUAAUUAUAAGACAGCAGGUGCUUUGUCGCAUGAUUAUAUUAACGAAUACAUGGUACAUUUUUUUAAUCAACAAAAGUUUUAUCAAGGGCUGGCGCGACAAGCAGCAUCAGUCCUAAGGAACUGUCUAUGGCAAGGCUUCUUCGAUUUAAGGGGAAUUGUGUUUAUCAGUAAAGUAGUGACACUAAGAUAAUAGCAAGAAGAUCUGACAUUUGAUAGCAGAUAUAUUGAAAUUUGUGAGUGUAAACAGUGGUACCGUAGGGGUUCACAAGGUAGGAAGAUGCGAUAGUUCCAGAUAAGCUAUGAUGCAUAACCGAUAAACAGAGAGGGGAGAAAAAGAAUAAUUCUCUUAUUUCUGCAGUCACGAGUUGUUCCCUUUCAAAGAGCAUGAAACUAAAUAUUUCAGUGAUAGUGCCCUUCUUCAGUAAUCUCGCUAAACGUCUCCCAUCUGCCUUUUGCUUUUUUUCUGUUAAAUUGUAAUUUUUUUAAAGAAAAAAAAGUCGACCCUUCCUUGCGCUGUGCAUACGCUUACUUCAAGUGAUAAUAAUAAUGAGGAGGAAAACCGAUUUUGAAAGGUUUUUCUUUUUCCGUUGAAAGUGUUUAGUAGUUCAGGCACUGACAUUUGUUUGAGGCUUCCACUGUAUCUUUGGCAAACUUUUCUAGACAUAGGCCUAAAUAAUCUUGCCCUGGUAGUUGUUUUCUUUCUGUAGCCGUAUACACUUGCAGUCUCGCCGUAGCAGUACAAAAACAAAACAAAACAAAACAAAAAACGUUGUUAUUUUUAUUUAAUUUUUUGGUAGGCCCUAUUCAUUUAUUUUUCUUUUCUUCUCCCUUUCACCAGUGUUUGGGUAAAAUCAGAAAAGAAAAAAAAUAUUUUCAAAAAUGUUAUAAUGUUUUUGUGUCUCGGGGUCGACUUGUGACUAAAUGGAGAAGCUGAAAAAAAAAAAUGAUUGCGAGUCCUGUUGUGUGGUUUGUUUUUGUCUUGAACUACGUUUGUUUUUGUGGGGAUUUUCUCUUAUUUUCUGAGCUCAUUGGUACAAAAUCAUCGUCUCUAAAGUCAGCGAAAUCUGGAGAAAAAAAAAUCAACCCAAAAAAAAAUAUAAUAUAUAAAAAAUCGGGAAGCAAACAACGUAUUUUUGUCACGACUACUGUGCAAUAAGCCACGGGAGACAACUGCCGAAAAAAAAUGGGUGCUCUCAUGAUUAUUUCCCUUUAUCAUAUCCCUUUUGUAAGAUGAUCACCCUUAAUUUGCUUUCAUCUAUACAUGUGUUAUGAGUUCCGCAUUAUCAAAAUUAUUCUGACACACGCUAGUGCAGCGGUUUAAACUCGUUUGUAGGUUGAAAUGACUGUUCUUUAUUGAAUAAUUUAUUGAUUUUAAUGUCAUUAAAUGUGCUUAAUUUA